UUUUAUCCCAGCAGUAUGCCUCUCAGUUCCUGGUGAGGAAACGUCGAGCAAAUUCUUUUAUGGAAGAAAGUAAGAAAGGAAAUUUAGAAAGAGAAUGCAUUGAAGAAUUAUGCAAUAAAGAAGAAGCCAGGGAAAUCUUUGAAAAUAAUCCUGAAACUGAGUAUUUUUAUCCCAAAUAUUUAAGCUGCCUUGCCUCUCAUCGAGCAGGUGUUUUCAGGGUUACUGCAGUUACUCCAGAUUCUCCAGCUGACCUGAGGGCUUGUGUCAAUGAAAUUUCAAACCAGUGUAGCCCUCUGCCGUGCCAUAAAGAUGGAUAUAAGGAUUGCAUAGAUGGACAAGCCAAAUAUACAUGUGUCUGUAAACCAGGAUGGCAAGGAGAGAGAUGUGAAGAAGAUAUAAAUGAAUGUGAAGACUUAAAUGGAGGUUGUAGCCAACGCUGUUCUAAUUUACCUGGAAGCUACCGUUGUUUAUGUGAAGAUGGCUACUUCAUGCAUUCAAAUAAGCGGGAUUGUGGAGAUAUAAAUGAAUGUGUGUUACAUCCAAACAUCUGUGGGACAGCCAUCUGUAAGAACACCCUGGGGAAAUAUGAAUGUGAAUGUGCAGAAGGCUACACAUAUAAUUCAACUUCCAAGAACUGUGAAGAUAUUGAUGAAUGUGCUGAAAAUGUUUGUGCUCAACUCUGUGUAAACUCUCCAGGAAGUUAUAGCUGCUAUUGUGAUGGCAAGAAAGGGUUCAAGCUCUCUAAUGACAUGAAGAAUUGUGAGUCUGUUACUGCAUGUAUCCCACUGAACCUUGAAAAGAAUUAUGAACUGCUUUACCUGGCAGAGCAAUUUAUAGGAAUUCCUGUUCUGUACUUAAAGUUUAAAUUGCCAAAUGUCACGAGAUUUACAGCUGAAUUUGAUUUCCGGACAUAUGAUGCAGAGGGAGUUAUACUAUAUGCAGAAUCCCUUGACAAUACAGCAUGGAUCUUGCUAGCUCUUCGUGAUGGGAAGAUUGAAGUUCAGUUCAAGAAUGAAUUUGGAACAAAAGUCACCAGUGGAGGCAAAGCCAUUAAUGAUGGACUGUGGCAUAUAAUAUCAGUUGAAGAACUAGAACACAGCAUCAGUGUAAAAAUAGCUAAGGAAGCCGUAAUGAGUAUUAACAGCCCAGGAACUCUUUUUAAACCAUCACAGGGUUUCUUGGAAACUAAGGUGUACAUUGCAGGAUUACCUCGCAAAGUAGGCAACACUCUUGUUAAACAGAUUAACCCUCGGCUAGAUGGGUGCAUUCGUGCCUGGAACCUGAUGAAUCAGGGACAUUCAGGUGUAAAAGAAGUUAUUCAAGAAAAACAAAGCAAACACUGUUUAGUAGCAGUGGAGAGAGGAUCUUUCUACCCUGGCACUGGAAUGGCAAAGUUUCAGAUAAACUAUAAUGAUCUUGACAGUGAUGAAGAUUGGCUAGUAAAUGUGACUAUGACUAUUCGCCCAUCCACAGACACUGGUGUUAUGUUUGCCCUGGUUUCUAAUGAAACAGUGCCUCUUGCUUUGUCCAUAGUGGACUCUAACUCCUCUGACUCACAGAAAAUCAUAGUGACCAUUGGAAAUAUCACUGUUGCACAACUGGAAUCAAAGAAAUUAUGUACACCCAGAAAAGUGCUGGUUGGACUUCUAGUAACCAAACAGCAACUUGAGCUGUCUGUUGAUUCACGCACAGAGAGAAGCAAUUCAGAGCAACUGUCUAUCUUGCAUCAAGCAAUGAUGGCAAAUGUUGUUACCUACUUGGGCGGCCUGCCAGAUGUUCCUCUGGGUGCUACGUUAGUAACCGCUUUUUAUAACGGCUGCAUGGAGGUGAAGGUCAACAACAGACAGCUGGAUCUGGAUGAAGCCAUUUCUAAACACAAUGACAUUAGAUCUCACUCAUGCCCACUGAUUAUGCAGUAG